GCUCUCUUUCCUGCAUUAACAGGGGACUUGGGCUUGGUGACCUCUGGGGUCCUGCCCUGAUAUUAAGUUCUUAGGGCUCGCAGCUGCAAGUGGGACUUGGAUCCUGGAGCAGGAGGAGUUGGGAUGGACUCUGAGCUCCUCUCUGCCCCUCCCACUGCCCAGUCAGUUAUCCUAGAGGCAGGAGAAAAAGAUUCCUCGCUGACCAUAUUGGCCCCUAACAUCUGCUCCUCAGGAGGGUCCCCUUGUCAUUGGAUAGGCAUCAGCCUGAAAAGGAGCUCAGUAUCUGUUGAACAGCACAGCCCUUGGGUGGUCCUGGGAGGAGACCAAGAGAAAGCUCUGGAUGUGGGCCCUGUGCUCAGGGGCUGCUGAGGAAGACCCGUGCCCAGGGGUCAGAGGGAGGCAUGGAGGCAAAGAAGCAUGGACACGGGCAUUGGGGGUGGCCAUGGCCCCAAGUGCUGACUGGCCCAGCAUCCUAAGUGAGAACAAUUUUAUUGAAUGCGUGAAUCAAGACUGAGCUGGGAGAACCUUGUAAGGUGAAAUUGUGGGGCUCCAACGGGGACACAGGCUUCUUGGGUGCGGGAAGUUAGAAGCUGGUCUAGGACUUGCCUCAUUGGGGAGACCAGCCUCAGAGCAGGCUCAGAUGUAGGGGAGGGGCAGCUUGGGAGAGAAGGCAGAGGCAGGGGAGCAGGUAGGGCUGGAGGGUGAGAAGUGGGGAAAUAAGCUGUAAGCCAGGGGGUCCCUACAAGAGAGGGGCUGAGGCAGGGGGCAGGGUGUCUGGUCUGCGGGCAGUGAGGGCUUGGAGCCUCCGGCUGGUGGAUGGGCUUAGACCCUUGAGCCUAUGAUCAGCUUAGGCCUCAGAGAUUUGCGCUUCCAGACCAUCUGCUUUAUCCAAAGACUUUCAGCUGAUGAGGAGCUGGGAGGCUCAAACAACGUCUUGUCUGAGUCGGAGAGAAGUGACUUGAAGUGCACGCUCUUUCUUGGCAGGACCAGGUGUCUCCAGGGCAGGAUGGCCCAGGACCUCAGUGAGAAGGAGCUGUUGAAGAUGGAGGUGGAGCAGCUGAAGAAGGAAGUGAAGAACACUAGACUUCCGAUUUCCAAGACAGGAAAGGAAAUCAAGGAAUAUGUGGAGGCUGAAGCAGGAAAUGACCCACUUCUCAAAGGCGUCCCUGAGGACAAGAAUCCCUUCAAGGAGAAGGGCUCUUGUGUGAUCAGCUGAUGGUGCCGGUGGCCCUCACCUCAACGUCUGUCCCUCCUCAGCCCCAGUCCUCACCCGGCACCAACUGUCCCGGGACACCCAGCGAACCCAGGAAUUUUCACCCUCUCUUAGUCACAGAAUGAGUAAAGAUACCUGACUGCGUUCAUUGUGAAUCCGUUCCCCAAUCCCGCUUUCAACUCUUUUCUCCCAUUGUCUCCUCCGCCUGCUGGGUCCGUGCUGACCACACUUGGAAACACUCUGAGCUUCCCCAGCUUAGCAGUUGGCCCCUGCUGUCGCGGGAUCUGAGGUGCCUGCAAUAUUCUGAGACCCCAGAGGGCAGUCCUUAGGCAACAUUCACCCCUCCUUACAACCCCGCCCAUCCUUCCCCUCCACUCUCUUCCUAGGAACAAGCAUUGCCAUCAGAGUACUUUGGGUUGGGAGCCGGAGUUGGGGAAUCCUUGCUCCCGUCUCAUGUCCCACCCUGUGGUCCUCCUUCUAGUCAUUUAGAUCACCCCUGAUGGCCUGAUGACAAAAAGAGUUUGUAAAGACAUGAUGUCAUGAUUUAUUUACUAUUAUUGAGGGUCUAUUAUGUGCUGGGCACUAAAGAUUAAAGAGUGAGCAAGACUAA